AUGCACUGGGAUACAGUGUUCUCCCAGAGGCAGCCCUGCUUCUGCAUCAUGCUGCAGGCCACCAUCAAGCUGUGCUGUGGCAUCGCCCAUGACCACCUCCGCCGCCUGCCCGGCUUGAAGACAACAGUCGUUGCAGCAAUACAGAAGGACAGGAAUGGGCUGGUGGUAAAAGGGUCCCAUCACCUGUCUUCCAAAAUUUCUCCUUAUAUUCAGAGGCUGAUGGGGAAGGAGACAGCUGCCUGCCCUGAGCAUGCCAGAGACACCAACCCCAGCCAGUUGCCUGGUGCGGACCUCUCCUACGUCACCCAGGGAGAAGCAGCCCUGCAGCAAGCACUGAGCAUCCUGCAGCAGCACACCAGCUGGCAGGCAGAAAUGAUGCUGGACAACGGGGCCACCAUGUCAAGCACUGCCCUCCCCAGGCUGGGCAAGGUGUUUCGGGCUGAGGUGGUCCUGCCCGUGCCAGUGGCGUGGCUGCACCAGGAGCUGUUUGAGAGGAUCGAGCAAAUGCCCCAGUGGAACCCAACCCUCAGCCAGGUGAAGGUGCUGCAGCGCAUUGGGACAGACACAAUGGUGACACACGAAGUCACUGCUCCCAGCCCAGGCAACCUGGUGGGCCAGCGGGACUUCAUCAGCGUGCGGCACCGCAGGAGGAAGGAGACGGCCAUCUACCUGGUGGGCACUGCCACCCACAUCGAGAAGCUGCCCUUACAGGAAGGGUGCAUCAGGGCAGAGUCCCAGCUGAGCUGCAUAGUCCUGCAGCCGCUGGCAGGAGACCCCAGCCAUACCCGUUUCACCUGGCUCCUGAGCAUGGACCUGAAGGCAAGUGCUACCAUAUUACUCGGGAUGACCAAAUUCAGGGUGUUUUCUCUCCCAAAGGGCUGGAUCCCCAAGUCUGUCAUUAACUGUGUGCUGCCGCAGUCCCAAGCAGACUUCAUCAAGCACCUUGGCCGGCACCUCUCUACCGCUGCCUGCCCCUGA